AUUUUGACUUGGGGUAUUAUUUUGUUAAAAUAAAAGAUCAACAAGGCCUCUGUGCUCGGGGAAGCCAUCAACUACAUGCGACAACUUCAACAACGAAUAGCAAUGCUGGAAAAAGGGAUUAACAAUAACCUAAGUAUGAAGUCAUUGAUCAUCACGAAAUCGUGUGAAACAAACUUAUGUACUUAUUAUAGAGCCAAUGAAGUGCUCCCUGAAGUUGAAGCAAGAGGUUUAGAGAAGGAAAUACUGAUUAGAAUCUAUUGUGAGAAACGAAAGGGCAUCAUGAUUAAGCUAUUGGCCCUACUAAAACAGGUUCAUCUCUCAAUAGCCUAUAGCACCGUAUUGCCAUUUGGAAACUCUUUUCUCAACAUCAUCAUAAUUGCUCAGAUGAGUGAGAAAUACAAGUUGAGUGUGAAGGAUUUGGUUAUGACCUUGAAGCAGGGCUUUUGAGAUGCAACUGUGAUUGAGUUGAUUCUCCAACAUUUGUUUAUUGAGUUGAAGUUCGUAUUGAGGAGAGGAGGUGUAUAUAUAUAUAUAUAACUACUUUUUUAUUCUUUUCUUUCUUGGAAGCACUACACAACAGUCGCAAGUAGUAACACACCAUGCAUGCAUUUAUGUCGGGAGAUGGAUCGAACGGAAGGAAAAGAUGCAAGCAAUUAAAAGCUACCUAGCUAGAUAGAUGUGUUGGAAUAUAAUAAAGGAUUAAUGGUGUUUACUUUGUUUUUGUGUGUCAUAUCAUAUCAAUAAAAUGAAACUAUAUCAUGUGUGUUUUGGUUUAA